CCGACUCCGGGUUGUGGGGGUAGGUGCGGAUCUUCAGUCAUGGAGUCGGGGUAGGGACUCCUCCCGCAGCGACGCAGCCGGCGACCCUGUUUAUGUUGCGGGGUCAGGCUUCCAGGGACAAAGCACCACAGCUGACUUACCCACCUGCCUGCCUCCCAGGUGACCCGCGCCAUGCUGCUCUCCAUAGGGAUGCUUAUGCUGUCGGCAACACAGGUCUACACCAUCCUCACCGUCCAGCUCUUCGCCUUCCUAAACCUGCUGCCCGUAGAAGCGGACAUUUUAGCAUAUAAUUUUGAAAAUGCGUCUCAGACAUUUGAUGAUCUUCCAGCAAGAUUUGGUUAUAGACUUCCAGCUGAAGGUUUAAAGGGUUUCUUGAUUAACUCAAAACCAGAGAAUGCCUGUGAACCGAUAGUGCCCCCACCACUAAAAGACAAUUCAUCUGGGACUUUCAUCGUGUUAAUUAGAAGACUUGAUUGUAAUUUUGAUAUAAAGGUUUUGAAUGCGCAGAGAGCAGGAUACAAAGCAGCCAUAGUUCACAAUGUUGAUUCUGAUGACCUCAUUAGCAUGGGAUCCAACGACAUUGAUGUGCUAAAGAAAAUUGACAUACCCUCUGUCUUUAUUGGUGAAUCAUCAGCUAAUUCCCUGAAAGAUGAAUUCACAUACGAAAAAGGGGGCCACCUUAUCUUAGUUCCAGAAUUUAGCCUUCCUCUGGAAUACUACCUAAUCCCCUUCCUUAUCAUAGUUGGCAUCUGUCUCAUCUUGAUAGUCAUUUUCAUGAUCACAAAAUUUGUCCAAGAUAGACAUAGAGCUAGAAGAAAUAGGCUUCGUAAAGAUCAACUUAAGAAACUCCCUGUACAUAAAUUCAAAAAAGGAGAUGAGUAUGAUGUAUGUGCCAUUUGUUUGGAUGAAUAUGAAGAUGGCGAUAAGCUCAGAAUUCUUCCCUGUUCCCAUGCUUAUCACUGCAAGUGUGUAGACCCCUGGUUAACGAAAACCAAGAAAACCUGUCCUGUCUGCAAGCAGAAAGUUGUUUCUUCUCAAGGGGACUCAGACUCUGAAACAGACAGCAGUCAAGAGGAAAACGAAGUGUCGGAACACACCCCGUUACUUAGACCUUUGGCUUCUGCCAGCACCCCGUCAUUCGGGGCUUUGUCGGAGUCCCGCUCACAUCAGAACGUGACCGAGUCUUCCGACUACGAGGAUGAUGACAACGAGGACACUGACAGCAGCGACGCGGAGGACGAAAUGGGAGAGCACAGCGUCGUGGUCCAGCUGCAGGCGGACGGUGAACGCCGUCACGACAUGGCAAAUACCGUUUGACCUUCAGAGGGCGAUGGGGUGGUUUCCCUGUAAAAUGUUUAUUUAGGUAUAUAAUUUGACUUUUUUGCUCCCUUCAGAGAUUUGUGUAGAAAUAACUUAUUUUUUAGUAUUCUACAGUUUAACCAGAUAACUGAAACAGGUGUUUUUGAUCUGGUAUUUAUCUACGGGAGUGUACUUCAUUUCACUAAUAACUAAUAAUAGACUGGUACUAUAACUCAAGCAUCAAAUCAACUUAUUUUGGAAUGAAACAUAGCCAAAACAUUUAAAAAAAAUUCUUCAGUAUAGCUUGCAGUUAGGACCUAGAUCAGAGUAUGCCAAUUUGGGUGUUACCCACGAGGCCAGUGCUGUGGCCCCCCUAGCAUGAGCCAAGCUGACUUCCGCCUCCAUCAAGUUACCUCCAGUUGUUGAGCUGGAAUGUUUGUUCUGGUGUCACCCCAGAGGGCAGUGUCAGGGAGAGGCCACAGGGGAAUUUAGCACUUUUCCUCCUAUCGGCACCACAGAGAAACUCAAAGCUUUUUCCCUUUUUAUUCCCAAGUAGCCUUGUCUUGAUAGGAACAGUCUGUACUAGUGCAAAUUUCGGGUUUUAAGGGUUUUAAUACUAUAGUGUUAUGUAUGAAUUUGAUUCACCAACUAAUGUCUCUGAACUUACCGAAUUUCAGUAUCCUUAAGGGUUUUGUGUUGUGAUCAAAGCAAAAAGGAAAUGCUAUACAAAAACACCAAACUUCAGCAACUGUUAAUACACAGAUCAUAUACCUCUUAAUAAAGAGCAUCUUAUGCUAAUUAGCCCUGCUAAACUGUGUACAGAGGAAAUUCUUCAAGUAUUGGAUUUGAAAAUUGCUUAUGUUUAAUAGAAUAAUAUAGUUAAACAAUGUAUUAUGAAAAGCUAUAUUAUACAUCAUUGUAACUAUGUAGAAAAUGUAGACAUGUAUAAUCAAAAUGCUAAGAAUUUUUAUAUGGCCUUGUAUGAAGGGAGUUUGAAUGUUAAUAAACACAUUUUCCACUUUAAGAACUGGCAAAUAUUUGUUGUACUGUAGGAUUACCAUAUUAGCCUUAUCUUUAGAUGCACAGUGCUGUAAAGGUAUAAUAUGAUUAAGGUAACAGGUCAGAUUAAACACGUAUCACCUUAGAAUUUUAUACAAGGUAACUGCUCACAAGCAAUUAGGUAAUUCCCCAAAAAGUUACAAUUGCAGCCAGUCAUUUGAACAAUAGUGUACAUUAUGGUGCCGUUGUAAUUCCAGUACAUCCUACAGUAGGCUGCCUUGAAAGGAUAAAUAUCUAGAGGUAUCUGCAUUGACAUGGGAAAUUGUUAGUGAACAAAAGCAUAUUGGAGAAUAUACAGGAGCUUUUUGUUGUAAAAAGAAAAAUACAUUUUAAAAGAAAUGUAACACUAGUAGGGGGAAUUUCACUUUCUGAAUUGCUUCUUAGGAAAAUUCUUAUAAUGGACAACAAAAAAAGGUAUGUCCACUUAGGAAAAUAAAAGUUUAAAUUCAGUA